GUGGAGCGGUGGUGUGGUGGUGACACUGCGCCCCAGGUCCGUAUUUUGAUCAUGGUGCUCUUGACGUCAUGUGAAAUAGAAUUAUUGUUCUCUGUGCCUGAGGCCUUGCCAUAAACACUUCCAAUCAGGAACCUCUUGUUAGAUUUUAUUUUUUUGUUUAUAUUGUUAUGUUUUCGUAUUUCCUUCGGAAAGGGUUGUGGGUAGACCCCCACUGAGUGUCAUUUGGAACAGGUUGUUUGGGUGCAGGGCAUUGGCAUAAGUGUGUCAAUCGGUGGCUGGCCGCGGUUAUUGACGGGGAAGAGGUGUCUGGGGGACCGAACAGAACGAACGGUCGUAGUCUGGACGGAACGAGAUGCAGAGGCAGCCAGGGAGGGGAGGCUGCGGCGGCGACAGUGUCACGAAAAGAGAAGAAUCAAAACAAAUACAGUGAAAGCGACUCAGACCUCUCUAUCUAGCUUUCUCUCUCUCUCUCUUUCACUCUCUCUCUCCCCCUUUCUAUCCUUCGCCUCUCUCUUCUCUCACAUCUCUCCCUUCCACUUCUCUUUGCUCUUCAUCUCUCUCCUCGUCGAUUACCUUCUGCCGCUGGUGCCGUCUGCUCAUGGCAUUGCCCUGCACGGGGGUCUGUCCACUAUCUUCGCGCUCUGAUGUGUUUUCCUCGUGGAACAGCGGCACGAACGCGAGGGCUGGUGUAGUCUCUGCUGUAAACAUGGGAUGACCUCCAUCAUGACUACAUUGUACCGCAUCGGGCUGGCGUCAGGGGAAGGCCGGAGAGGGGCGGGGUGACGUGGCCCUUGUAAGGAGCCCCUGGGGUGUCCAGGACCCCCAGGGGAGGAUCGCCCUAGGCGACCCAAGUGACACGCGCCCACGCCCCGCGCCCUACACAACCCCCACGCCUCGUCAUGAACAUCGCCAAGCUGCGCCACACCCUGAUGCGGUCUCGGACGCCCACGGGCGCCGAGAUGAAGCAGCAGAACAGCUUGGAGGUGCCGCCACAGAUCCGUUCAGCGUCCUUCGACGAGAUGCAGCUGAAACCGGGCCGCCGAGAGUCGUCGUCGUCGUCCUCGUCGCCUGCAGAGCGGCAGUCGUUUCUCCUGCGGGUGCCAUACCUGGGGCCCAAGAGGUCCAAGAGCUUCGACUCCGGCUGCGGCGACGUGGACGACAGCUACCCAUCGUCCCGCAAGAAGAACUCGCGUCCUUUGUCACUUGACAAAGCGAGCCAGCAGUGCGUCCAUUGUAUCUAUGUAGAAGAGAUCGCGCGUCGAUGCAGUUGCGACGGCAGGCGAAUCCCUUACAAUAUGUCGCUUGAUUUUGUUAGCAGUUUAGACAGUUCGAGAGAAGAAGCCGAAGAUGAAGAGGAGGAGGAAGAAGAGGAGGAGGAGGAGGAGGAGGAAGAAGACUGGGACGAAAACAGUUCGAGCGACGAGUUGCACGAGGUCAUCUGCGGCAUCAAAGUGACUCUCAGUCCGAAUUCGCCGUCGUCGGCGUCCCCUACGAACGAAGACAUACAGAUCCCCACGUCUGUAGUCACAUCCCCAAGAAGCAAGACAGUCUCGCCCAAACUGGAACGCCAGCCGGCUGUCUUUUGCAUGAACACGAGUACCGAGCUCAGCUCGCAGGAAAACAGUUUCGAUUUAAGCGAUGGCGGAUACAGCCAUCACGGGUCCUUCAUGUAUUUGGGUUCCUCGAGUGAGUAUGGGGAUGGUGAGCAGAGUGGAGAGCAAGCAGCUAUGGAGCAGCAAGCAAGAACUGUCGAACCAAAGGCGAGCGAAGAUUCAGGGACUGGCGAAGGAGCCGAGGGGCCAGAUGGGGCUGAGGUGACAGACGUGUUUUUAGAAGUCCCUGCUCGGCGGGACCGGGCAGCUUCCCUCGACAUCUCCUUCGCUAGCUUCCCAAAACCUGAAGAGCUAAUGAUUAAAACGGGCACGACAGGCUUAACGAGGUCCUGCUCCCUUGAACCGCCCAAAGCUCUUCGCUCGAAAAGCAUCGACAUCGAAUUACCAACAGAAGAAGAUGGCAAUUAUAAGGUGGUUGUGACCUCGCCGAAAACUGCCAGGAAGGCCAUCAAUUCUGAAGUGGAGAUCCAGUGUGAGAAUGGCGAGAGGCGGGUUUUGCGAUCAACCUGCGACUGGAUGGAAGGGGCCAUCAAUGGCGACCAUCUGUGGUGCCCCACUUCCGCUUCAGGAGACUUCUGCUACGUCGGCGAGGACCACUGUUGUAAAUCUGGCCCUCGUAUGAAAUGCUCUGCUUGUAAGAUCAUAGCGCACACGGGUUGCAUCGCAUCUCUUGUGGAGCGCGUCAAGUUCCCUUGUAAACCCACGUUCCGUGAUGUGGGCCCUCGCCAGUACAGGGAGCAGACCGCCACCCACCAUCACUGGGUGCAUCGCCGCAACCAAAAAGGAAAAUGCAAGCAGUGUGGCAAGGGGUUCCAGUCAAAGCUAUUGUUCGGAUCGAAAGAAAUUGUGGCCAUUAGUUGUUCGUGGUGCAAGGCUGCCUAUCAUAAUAAAGAGAGUUGCUUCAACAUCAGCAAGAUUGAGGAAACAUGUUCUCUUGGUAUACAUCAGAGCAUCAUCGUGCCGCCAUCUUGGAUCGUUAAACUGCCUCGACGCGGCUCAUUUAAGUCAUCUCUGCGAAAGUCACCCAAGAAGAGAGCCUCCACUAAGAGGAAAGGAAGAGACAAGGAUGACGAAAAGGCCGACUCUAACGGUGAGAAAAUUGAUGGUGAAACCGAUGAUGAGGCCCUCUCCACUGAUGAUGAGCUGGAAAACGACAAAGACACUCGGACGUUUGCCAUCAAGCCUAUCCCCAAUGCCAACAUUCGGCCUCUCAUCGUCUUCAUCAAUCCCAAGAGCGGAGGCAACCAGGGAGCGAAGCUCAUGCAGAAAUUCCAGUGGCUUCUCAACCCUCGCCAGGUCUUCGAUCUUACACAAGGUGGACCUAAAGCUGGGCUGGAAAUGUUCCGUAAAGUGACCAACUUGAGAGUCUUGGCAUGUGGUGGUGAUGGCACCGUAGGUUGGGUCCUGUCGAUUUUGGAUCAACUGAACUUCAACCCUCCUCCUGCAGUAGCCGUGCUUCCCCUGGGUACUGGAAAUGAUCUGGCCAGAGCCCUGGGAUGGGGUGGAGGAUACACGGACGAACCCAUAAGCAAGAUCUUGUGCAACAUUGCCGAUGGCGAAGUGGUGAGCCUGGACCGUUGGAAGUUGGACGUCGAGAAGAAUGAGGAAUGCGAACCAACGGAGGAAGGAAAGGACAAGUUACCUCUUAACGUUGUCAAUAACUACUUCUCAUUCGGUGUUGAUGCUCACAUCGCCUUGGAGUUCCACGAAGCUCGAGAGGCCAACCCUCAGAAGUUCAAUUCCCGUCUCCGCAAUAAGAUGUUCUACGGCCAAGCAGGAGGCAAAGAUCUUUUGCAGAGAAAAUGGAAGGACCUUUCAGACAACUGCACAGUCGAGUGUGACGGGAAGGACGUCACCCCUAUCCUGAAGGAGCAUAAAGUCCACGCAGUAGUUUUCCUCAACAUUCCGAGUUACGGGUCUGGAACACAUCCUUGGAACCGGAGUACAGGGAUCGAACAGCAUACAGAUGACGGCGUCAUAGAAGUAGUCGGUCUUACUACCUACCAGAUGCCCCUGUUGCAAGCGGGUGGUCACGGUUCCACCAUCUGCCAGUGCAAGACUGCGAAGAUCGUGACGAAGAAGACCAUUCCGAUGCAGGUGGAUGGCGAAGCCUGUCGACUCAAUCCUAGCAUCAUCCAUCUCACCCACCUCAAUAAGGCAUCUAUGGUCACCAAAAAGAAGGCCAAAUCUGUCCCGACGCAGCACUUGGAACAGCUUCGCCUGCAAGUGUCGAGGAUCACCAUGUUCGACUACGAGCAGCACCACUACGACAAAGAGAAGCUUCGCAGCGCUUCCUUCCCUCUGGGUCUCAUCAUGAUCGACCAAGACGCCGACCUGGAACAGGUACGCAAGCACAUUAACAGGAUGAUGGAGGAAACAGCACACAAGGGACGAUCCACGAGGCCUCUCUCUGAAAACUGGUGCUUCCUCGACUCUUGUACAGCAGAAAGGUUCUUCAGAAUUGAUCAUGCACAGGAGCACCUUCAUUAUGUCACUGAUAUCUGCACAGAAGAUCUCUUUGUGCUUGAUCCUGAAAUUACCGACGCUACAUGCAUAGGUGUUCGAGGAGAUAUUAGCGUGGACAACGACCUAGACCAUAGUGAGCGGAUGGCCAUGGUAAGCGACAGUGACUCGGGAGUGGGCGGCACUGAUGUGGAGCUGCGCAAUCCCGCCUCUGCCCUCAUCACUAGUCAAGAAUCUGUCGACAACGGGGAUGAUGACAGCAUGCAUGAUAGUCGGUCAUCUUCCAGUAUGCAUGGUUCUACAUCAUCUGUGCCCUCUUCCCCUCCCAGCCUGCAUGAUCGUGUCUUUGGUCCUGAGUUCUUCCCUUCCAGCCACUUGCUAGAGAAGAACUCGGAUGGAAUCAUAAAGGCUGCAAAGCAAGGAGACCUAAAGUUGCUGAAAGACCUCCAUGCGCAAGGGUUCUCGCUCCUGUCGAUCGAUGCGCAUGGGCAAACAGCUCUUCAUUUUGGCGCGCGACAUGGCCACAAGGACAUUGUGCGAUAUCUGAUUGCCUCAGCUCCACCUUCUAUACUGGAUAUGGUAGACACAGAGAAAGGUCAGACAGCACUACACCAGGCUGCGCAUAACCGGCGGCGCACAGUGUGCUGUAUGUUGGUAGCAGCGGGCGCUUCUCUCACCAUUAGGGACCUGCAAGGCAACACUCCAAGGGCCUUGGCUCAACGCGCUGACGACCAAGAGUUGGCAGCUUAUCUCGAGAGCCAAGAGAAAUUCAGUCAGCCCAACAAUAGUAAUCUGAAUUACGUUGACUAAAGUGCCAACAAAAAUUUACAAAACCUUCCUUAUUAAUGGCCAGGAGCAGUUUCAGACCAUGGUGCAUGAAGAAUUGGAGACAACUGUAUGAUUGAAGCUUUUUGAGAGGUGUAAUCGAGGAACUGUUCUUAUAGAAGUGCUAUAGUUUCACAAUGAAAUGUCUAUUUAGUUUUUAACUCCUAGAUUACAAUAUGAAAUCAAAGGAAAUUGGAUACGGUACCUUUAAUUACUUUUCAGGCUUUUGCUUUACUUUAAUUUCAAAAUUAGUACCUAUAAUACUGUAGGUACAUAAGUUGGUUAAGCUUGGAAAGCUUUAUGUUUUAAGAGAUAUUCUGUUCACUGCAAAAUUUCACAGGAUUUGGUGUGUUAAGACUAAAGGACUCUAUGUUUUGUGAUCAUUGUUUGGUUCUCAUACUGUUGUUUCCUUUCCUUGUCUUUUGUACCUACAACAAAGAAGAGUUGUAUUGCAGUAUUAUAUCGCUUGCAAGUGUAUACCUGUGGUUGGUGCUUCUAAGCAGACUGGAAACUUGUUAAUAGAUACCCUAAAAAUAUAUACAGAUGUUUAACAUAGCUUAAAAAAAGGAACCAGACUAUCAGUGUGAAGUGGAUGCAAGGACAUUACGUACUAAAGUAUUAUGUGGUAAAAGGUCCGGAAGCAUGUGAACUAACGACUGCUUUGCUGCUGGUCUUCCACUGUGAACGUUUGUGGACCGUGAAAUGACGUGAUGCUGGUUGCUAACCUAAGUCAUUCCAGUAGUUAUUUAUAAAUGGAAAUAACAUAUUUGUGUGUUUGUGUACCUUAAAAUAAGGGUUCUUUAAAGUUCAUGUGUAGGUUUUUUGAACCCCUUUAUCUUAAGUAUUUAACGCCCACAUCCUGCAUACAGUAAUUUCCCCAUAAUAAAAGCUUAGUGUCCCAUCGUGCUUCAAUCAUAUGAUAUAUAUAUGAAUAUAUAUAUACAUAAAAACAUAUUUUUUAAGGUUAUAUCCAUUUAAAAUUCAAUCAAGUAAGUGUAUUUUAAUAUUGUUGUUUUCCCAUGGUUACUUUUCUUGAAUAGUAUCCGUAGAUAGGUAUGUGCAGUUUGGACAUAUCAGUAUAGUAGUAAUUGUAGUUCUUGUUUUAUCCACAAUAUUGGUUCUUCUGAAGAUCUUUCCUGUAUACGGUUAUUUUUUUCCUAUAUCAGGUAAGAGUACAUGUCGGUUCUGGAGUGACAUUAACAGUAUGGAUAGGUAUCGAUGGGUAAUGAGACCGGAAUAUGAAAAAUAUGGUAUAUUGUCACUGUUAUGGAUUAACUUUGCCAAAUCACACAGUUUUGUGACCAAUAAAAAAGAUGAAGUUGCUAAAUAAAAUAUUUAUUGAUUUAAGUCUGGUUUAGCAUGGAAAUGCUAGUCUGAAAUGCUUGGUGGCGUUCAUACGCUGUCUCCCCCCAAAGUGCCAAGCAUGAGUCUAGUGCUGUGUUUGCCAACCAUAUAUUAUUAGUGACAUUGCUUGCUUCUUUGCAGUUUCAGGAUGAUGUUUAAGGACAUACAGAUGCAGUGCUACAUUAAAAGUAUUGUAUUAACUGUUGUAUUACUACAGUAAAGCAUGAAAACUUGGUUUUUCAGAGGUCGAUUCUUGAAUAUUGACUAUGAAUUGAUUUUGUAUAAGGAUCUUUAACCAAAGAUUAUAAUUGUAAUAUUAGUUAAAGUUAAGUGACCAUGUUAGUCAGUUUUUGUUUUUAGGAAGAUUUGUCUGCUGCUCUGAACUGAAGACUCCUUGUUAACCAUCUCCAUGAUUAAAAAAAUGCAUGAGAUUGUAAAGAUGACGAGCAAUGAAUAAUCAACUGAAUAAUUUUAGACACCAAAAUAGAUUUUAGUCAUAUAGAUUUGUUUACCUUCAUGCACUAGUGUUAAAGUCUACUAAAGAGCCAUUGUUAACAGAUACUAAGGUAGAAAUGAAAGGUUAGAUAUUAGUGUGUAGUAAAACUGUAAUCUGUCAGUAGCAACACUGUAAUCUGUCAACAGUCGCUCCAAUGAAAAUGAGGGGAAUAGUGCAUUGGGGUCAAAUCGCUUGAUAUCUUGCUUGUAUGUAAGUAAAAAAAAAUUGUAACCAUUUCAUUCAGAGGGUUGAAAUAAACUGCUCUAAAAUUACCUAAGUAAAACUUAAAAGUAUUAAGAUUUUUUGUACAGGCAAGAAUAAGAUGCAAUUUCAUCUUUUGUAAAAAUAUAUGAAAUUACCUUUGCUUUAUACCAACUGAAUGAGCUCUGACAAGAAUGGAUGUGAAUUAUGAGAAUGGAUUCAGUGUUACUGAAAAGUUUUGAAAAUUGAAAAAAAAGAAAAAAAAAGGCCCAUAGCUCUAAAGUAGUUUUUAAUGUAAUUUAUUUAGCUCAUUUUCCGCUAUGCAAUAGUUUCUUUUCUCCUUCGAUCUGCCUAUUACAUUCCUAAAACCAAAUUCAUUUUAUUGUAAAUCUAAAACUUGUUUGAGGUUUCAUCUAAAAUUUCUUACUAAAUCUGUGAUCUUACCAAGUGCUGAGAAGUUCUCUUCCGACAUGUCAUUACUGAAUAAACUUUUAGUCUUA